GAGUAGACCACAUCAUGACCAAGCUCCAGACUGGCGUCUCCUACUCCAAGUACAUGAGCCUCUACACAGCGGCAUACAACUGCUACACGUCCUCGCGCGUGCAUAGUACCACUACUGAUUCUGUUGGGCAGGGCAGCCGAGCAGCAGGGGCUAAUCUAAUGGGCUCGGAUUUGUACAACAACCUCAUACGAUAUUUUAUCGCCCAUCUCAAGCUCCUCAAGGAUCGAGAACGGGACGAAGGUCGGAAAGGCGUAUAUCCUGUAUACACGCUCGCGCUCGUGCAGUGGAAAUCGAAUUUCUUCCUCCACGUCCAGAGCAAACACACAAAGCUCGCUGGUGCCAUCCUCAGAUUGAUUGAGCACCAAAGAAAUGGCGAGACGAUCGAUCAAGGUCUUGUGAAAACAGUGGUCGACUCAUUCGUUUCGCUGGGUCUUGAUGAGUCGGACAUCAACAAAGCGUCCCUUGAUGUCUACAGGGAGCAUCUGGAGACACCGUUCCUUGACGCAACGGAAAAGUACUACGAGCAGGAGUCCGAGGCAUUCCUCGCAGAAAGCAGUGUAUCUGACAAUCUGAAAAAGGCCGAAGAGCGCCUGAAGGAGGAAGAGGACAGCGUGGACCGAUACCUAAACGCUGAUACACGGAAGCAGCUCGUCAGCAAAUGUGAGCAUGUGCUGAUCCGACAACACUCUGACUGGGAGAGCUUCCAAAGCUUGCUCGAUUUUGACAAAGACGAAGACCUGCAGAGGAUGUACGCAUUGUUAUCGCGCAUACCCGAAGGCCUGGAGCCUUUGAGAAAGAAAUUUGAGGAACAUGUGAAGAAGUCCGGUCUGGCUGCUGUUGCAAAACUGUUGGGCGAAGGAUCAGAGGGUGCAGAUUCAUUGGAUCCCAAAGCAUACGUCGACGCAUUGCUUGAGGUUCAUCGCAAGAACUCGGAAACCGUGACGUGGAGCUUUAGAGGAGAGGCUGGAUUCGUUGCGUCGCUCGAUAAGGCAUGCAGAGAGUUCGUCAACCGCAAUGCUGCGACAGGUUCAUCGACAACAAAGUCACCAGAAUUGCUCGCCAACAACGCGGAUAUGUUGCUGCGCAAAAAUAACAAGAUGGCUGAGGAGGAGGACCUUGAAGGUGCCCUGAACCACGUUAUGGUACUUUUCAAGUACAUCGAGGACAAGGACGUCUUCCAGACGUUCUACGCUACGAAAUUGUCUAAGCGCCUCAUUCACGGUGUAUCUGCAUCGGACGAAUUCGAGGCGAGCAUGAUCUCCAAGCUGAAGGAGGCUUGUGGUUUCGAGUACACCAACAAGUUGCAGAGAAUGUUCACAGACAUGAGUCUCAGUAAAGACCUCACUGAUCAGUUCCAGGAGCGUAUGCAGAACCACGAGGAUAUGGACAUCAACUUCUCCAUCAUGGUUCUCGGCACGAACUUCUGGCCGCUCAGCGCACCCAAUAACGACUUCAUCAUUCCUCCCGAAAUUCUUGCUACAUACGGCCGUUUCUCCAAGUACUACCAGACGAAGCAUUCUGGCCGCAAGAAUCGAACUCCCGGUAUGAAGCCCGAAAUGGGUACGUCAUGUACUCCCAAUCAUGCCCAUUACUCGUCGUAUGCGGAAAGCUCCAUAAUUCCGACCGCCAACCUGAUGCUCAACUAUAUUCUCAAACCUGUCCGUCACGAAUCAUUUUACAAGAAAUACGCUGGCAAGCGAUUCAUGAAGGUGAGCAUACUGGUACGAGAGUGGGCUCUGGAGCGGUGGGAAGAGGGCGAGCAGGUGUCUCUUUUGGAUGAGUUGCCAGCUAUUCGUGCAAAGAAUCGGGCGGAAAGGGAGCGGCUAGCAGCAGCAGGCAUGGACGGCGACGAGGAUUUCAAAGAUGAAAACUCAUAG